ACUUGGCAUUCAGCAAGACGACAGCGGGCAGUAAGAAGUAAGCUAAUAGGAAAUUGGAAAUUUAAAAAUUGGGAUGUAAAUGGGGGCGGGUUCACAUUUAACCAGCGAUUUCAGUUCAUUUAUUUCAUUAUUGUACUGAAAUGAGAAGUAUUUUGUUUUAAAUAGCAGGAGGUUAUUGUUUCUCCUUAGAAUCUAUGUGUUAAAAAGGUUCUCCCAAAAUGAUUGGGGGAUUGUUCGUGUAUAAUCACAAAGGGGAGGUGUUGAUAUCAAGAGUCUAUAGAGAUGAUAUAGGUCGUAAUGCUGUGGAUGCGUUCAGAGUCAACGUUAUCCACGCUCGUCAGCAAGUACGGUCUCCGGUCACUAAUAUUGCUCGCACAUCAUUUUUUCACAUCAAGAGAGCUAAUAUAUGGCUGGCAGCGGUCACUAAACAGAAUGUAAAUGCUGCAAUGGUGUUUGAGUUCCUACUGAAGAUUAUUGAUGUUAUGCAAUCAUAUUUUGGCAAGAUAUCUGAGGAAAAUAUCAAGAAUAACUUUGUAUUGAUCUAUGAGCUGCUGGAUGAGAUCCUUGACUUUGGAUAUCCACAAAAUUCAGACACUGGGGUUCUGAAGACAUUUAUAACUCAGCAGGGAAUUAAGUCGGCUUCUAAAGAAGAGCAAGCACAAAUUACAUCACAGGUGACUGGACAAAUAGGAUGGCGCCGUGAAGGGAUAAAAUAUAGACGAAAUGAAUUAUUCCUUGAUGUGCUGGAGUAUGUCAACUUGCUUAUGUCUCCACAAGGUCAAGUUUUAUCUGCUCAUGUUGCUGGAAAGGUUGUUAUGAAGUCAUAUCUAUCCGGCAUGCCAGAGUGCAAGUUUGGUAUCAAUGACAAAAUUGUUAUGGAAGCCAAAGGAAAGGGCAACGGUGGUAUAAGUGGCAACACAGACAGUGACCCUGGGCGCUCAGGCAAGCCUGUGGUGGUUAUUGAUGACUGCCAGUUCCACCAGUGUGUGAAGCUGAGCAAGUUUGAGACCGAGCACUCCAUAUCCUUCAUACCACCGGAUGGCGAGUUUGAACUCAUGAGAUACCGUACUACAAAAGAUAUAUCACUACCGUUCCGAGUGAUCCCUCUAGUCCGUGAAGUGGGUCGCACGAAGAUGGAAGUGAAAGUGGUACUGAAGUCCAACUUCAAGCCUUCACUGUUAGGACAGAAGAUUGAAGUCAAGAUACCAACACCGCUGAACACUAGUGGUGUACAACUCAUUUGCUUAAAGGGGAAGGCUAAAUAUAAGGCCUCAGAGAAUGCUAUUGUUUGGAAAAUCAAACGCAUGGCUGGCAUGAAGGAGACACAACUCUCCGCUGAGAUAGAGUUGCUGGAGACAGACACAAAGAAGAAGUGGACCAGACCUCCCAUUUCAAUGGGCUUUGAAGUGCCCUUUGCUCCCUCAGGAUUCAAGGUGCGUUACUUGAAAGUGUUUGAGCCAAAACUGAACUACUCAGACCAUGAUGUGAUUAAAUGGGUCCGCUACAUCGGUCGCUCCGGACUCUAUGAGACUAGAUGCUGAAUACUCUAUGAUUGGACUAUUAUCUAUGCAUCUCGUUGCAAAUGUGUACUGCUGGCAACAAUAUUAUAUGAUAGAUAUCUAUAUAUUAUGUUAGUAAUAUUAUUCUGGAAUCUGGAAUUUGAAUAUCGCUAUUUAUAUGUGUUGUCAUAUAAAUUUAGCUUUUAAAUACAAUAAAAUAUGAAUUAUUUGUGAAAAUCAUGAUGCUGUAACUUAACUUACUGCCAGUGAUGUCUUAAUUAAGUCAAACCCACUGUUUCAACAAAAUUAAAUAUAAGGUCAGCUUUCAGUGUCAAUCUUUAAGAAGCCGAUCAGAAUUUUGUAUAUUAUAGAACAAUCAAUAGUGUUCUUCGCGGUGAAUGAUCUCAGCAGUAACAAAUUUCUUAGUUUCUUUUCUUUCAUUUUCGGUGACCAUGUUCAUUCACGGAACCCGGAAAAACGGAAACAGAAUUUGAAUAAUAUACAGUCGUAAUUGGUGAAAUUUAAAAGUAUACGCUAUCAAGCCAAACAAUAAUAAUAGUACAUAGAGCAAAUCUCAUUUUUUUUAAAUUAGAGAUAAUUUGUUACACAAGUGUAUUCCAGAAACUUGUUGGCAGUAAAUGUUACAAGCAAUCUACAGGAAAUGUAUUUAAACCGACAAAAACAAACAGUUAUAUAUUUUGUAUGGUUUCGGCGUGUUUGUCAUUUUUAAAAUAGUGAAUCUCACUUCGUAUAUUUCUAACAUGUACCUAUAACUUCAUUAUCAUUAUUUUUUUAACGACUUUAUAAAGGUGACUUAUAAGCGGCUAUGUUCAUUUGAUAUUUGUUGUAAGUUUCUAUAUGUCUCACUCUCUGUGAUAGAUUAACAGUUCAUCUAUUCACUAUUAGGCGAUGGUUGGUAAAAAAUGUUAGAGUCGUCCACCACUUAAAUGAGGUACGGAGUAAGUGAUAGAUUCUAGAUUGAUUCAAUCAACCACCUACCAUCAAAUGUUAGGUACGCAAUAAUGGUAUGGCAAUAAUUCACCGAUUAAAAUGGUCAUUGAAUAAAAUCUGCCUGCUAUCGAAUUCUGCAAUUAACGAAGACCAUCACUAGUAAUUCAAUUAAGGAAAUCUGCGAUCGACUAUAACCUGCCAUCAUAUAUAAAAAAGCAAAUAAAAAAACAGCACAAAGAGAACCACGAACAUAAGAAACACUGUAUAAUACUUCCUCUCUCAAUUUCUCCAAAAUUAAACGUAUUUGCAUUCACGGGCUGGUUUCUGCAACGCUGCGUUUACACCCGCGAUGUGUAGGACUACUUAUUUUGAAGAGGCCCAACUUCUGUUUGAGCUCAGUACGAGUUGGUCAAAAUCCCACACAACCUUUUAAUUUUUUCGCAGCUGUGUAGGUUAUCUCAAGAUGUUUUCAUUUAUCGUAAGAUGAAUUCGAAAAUACUUUGAUACGCGGAUUGAACCGGCGUCUCACGAAUGAGAGCCAACGGUACUAGCUCUUGCGGCAUCGGAACUCUUAUGAAAUAUAAUUUUAUUAUAGCCGAAUAUCGUCAGUACUAUUCUAAGGCUUGCAUAUAUAUAUAUAUAUUAUAUCUAAGCUAUUCUGUGUAAAAAGCGUUAAUAAAAGAGUAUAAUAUAUUAUGUAGGUAUUUGAUCCACAUCAUUCCUUUAGAUUAUAUCAGGCUUUUAACAUUUUAUUUUCAUAAUUUUUUAUAUUUUUAUUUUUUAGAACUAAAAAUAAAUGUUUAUUCGAAAUGGUGUGUUUAAAUUUUAUUAGAUGUUUAUUUUUAUGGAUUUUAGUUAGUUUUUAUUAAUAAGCCUAUUAUUAUACUGAAAAUAUGUUAAACUUUAAAAAUACAUUUUUAUUGUUCAUCAUUCUAAAGUAAUAAAAUAAAUAAAUUUAAAUAAAAUAAAUUUAUUGUAUCACUACAUAUUUAAUAUCGCCGUUUGGUAUUUCUCUGUAGCGUAUUUAAUUAUGAUUGAAACAUAGAUGGUUUAAUAAAACUACAGUUUAGUCGUAAGUGUUCUACAAAAUAUAUUUAAAUGAAUAUUGGUUAGUAGAUGUUUGAGAUUAUGUAUCUUGCAUGCUGAUAGAGAAUGCUUCUUUGGUAAAGUUAGUUAUAUAUACAAUAAAUGUUAUAAAUUAUAA